GUUUUUUCGGCUGAGUUAGUGGCUGUCCAUGCGGUUGUGAGUGAGUGAUUGGUUCGAUAGUGUCCAAAAAUGAGUUCGUUUCUUAUGGGAUACCCGCAUCACCAUAUUCAAUCGAUGGGCAUCAAUAUAGAGCCCAAAUUUCCUCCGAGCGAAGAUUACAGUGGGUUUCACAAUGGAUAUGGUUCGGUCAAUGGAAUCACGCAGGCUGGAACACCAGAAUACUUGCAUCAUUCCCAGCAAGAUCCUCUUCAUCAUACUAGUGCGACAAGUGUGGUUGGUGGCGGUGCAAAUAGUGCAGGAGCGAAUGGGUUACUAGGCAACGCGGGCAGUGGUGUCGGUGGAGCAGCAGGCGGUUACAAUGGUUACUCACCAUCCAUGGCUGGUCACUAUUAUCAUCACCCUUCUCAUCAUCAUCACCACCAUCAUCCACACGGCCAUCACCCACACAAUGGGUAUGUGUCACCUGUGCAAAUGCAACCGGCGCCCGCGCCUACUAUUGCGCCACCCACCGUCCUCCCAACGUCAGCUUCUUCCACGAUCUCGUCCAGCUCUAUUGCGAAUCAUAACAAUUCCUACUCUAAUACUGGAUAUUACGGCGGAUACUAUGGAGCCCCUCAAGGGCACCAAUCCCUCAUGGACACACCGCUACAUUGCGCUGGGUCGGAGGUUAGCAAUACAGCACUCGGUUUGCAGGAGCUUGGGAUGAAAUUGGAUAGACGAAUAGAAGAGGCGGCACCCGCAGGACAGCAGCUGCAGGAACUUGGGAUGAGGCUACGCUGUGAUGAUGCUAGUUCCGAUCAGGAUGAGUUUCUCGAUGAGGAACGCAUGAUGCUCGAUCGAUCGCCCGAAGAGCUGGACUCCAACGAUGGUGAUUUGGAUGAGCUGGACUCGGAUAAUGAUCUCGCAGACGAUCUGAUGCACGCAACGAGCGAUGGCGAACGAAUCAUUUAUCCUUGGAUGAAGAAAAUUCACGUCGCCGGCGUCGCCAAUGGAUCCUAUCAACCGGGAAUGGAACCGAAACGACAGCGUACGGCAUACACUCGUCAUCAAAUUCUAGAGCUUGAGAAAGAGUUCCACUACAACCGCUACCUAACGCGACGCAGGCGAAUAGAGAUUGCGCACACACUGGUGCUAUCGGAGCGACAGAUCAAAAUUUGGUUCCAAAAUCGUCGCAUGAAAUGGAAGAAAGACAAUAAACUUCCGAAUACGAAGAACGUUCGGAAGAAAAAUGGGGAUCAGAGUAAAUCCGGAGCCUCUACGAACGGGCAAACUGGUGGCACAGGUGGAAAUGCGCCGGCGAAAAAGACGCGCAAAUCGAAUGGAUCAGCGGUCAACGGUAAAUCGAAACAGCAGCAACAAAGUCUUCAAAGUGAAUGCCUUCGAACAGAUAGUUUAGAGAGUAUGAGUGAUGUCCAUGGUACAAUAAAUGCUCCGCAUAAUGGCGCAUCAUCGUACAUUUCGGGAGCCGACGUAACUGGAAUGGUAGCGAUAACGAAUGGAUCAAGUGCCAGCAACGGUUCUAACAGCAACCUCGAUCUUCUCUCGCAACACCAGCAUCAACAGCAGCAGCAGCAGCAACACCACCACCAUCAUCAACAACAUCAGGGGCAGCAGCAUCAGCAGCAUUCACACCAAUCCCACCCAAUUAACACUCAAAAUCCCAACAACAACAACAACAACAAUAAUAAUAAUAAUAAUAGCAACGCCACCAACAACAUGAACGGUGUCAUUGGGAGCUCACAUUCCAUUAGCAUUAAAAACGAUUAUGAUCUGACUGCACUGUAGAAGCUGGAUCCUUUUGCGAUCGACCGCAAGUAACAAAAGACGACAGACAAUUUUAGUUGCCUCAUCACUGUUGCUCAACUGAUAGAGGACAUAUGGUACCGGCCGACACGAUCUAUAGUAGACUUUAAUCAUGAGACACAAACGGACUAACAGAGCAGACGAAGCAAUCGGACGAAGUACUAUCUUCUUAAAGAAACCCCUCGUUGUCUAUGACGAACACUACUAAUACGGAAAGUCUGAAAACAGGUGACACCGAACGGUAACGCUGCUUGACAUGCGGCCCGUUGGACACUAGGAUGCGCGUAGGAGAAUAUCAAACUUUGCUCAUUAUCAGCACGGCCAGGAAAAAGCACCAGAAACAUACUACCAGUUAUAGAAGGAUGGAACGUGCUUGUGAAAAAUUGCUUUUAUAGAUUAACAUGUACUGGGAAUGCUGGUCAACAAGUAGCUGUACGGGAGAUUAAUAAACGAUUGGAUUUCAAAGUGAUUUCCCUUCGUCGUUGAUUGUCUGAUUUGGUUUGCGAUCGAAUCAUUUCGCCGUCUAUCUCCAACUGCAAACAUUGAAACCAAAUAUUCUCCUCCCAUCUUACCAACAUCGAUCACAUCCAUCGUUUGCACAUCUACCACGUACAGCUACAGUCGACACGCACGAUGAUACAAAUUCGGAUAAAACAGUGAUUUAGUCAUGUAAGAGAUGCGUCCAGCUAAACAUCCAAUAAAUGUAAAUAGAUGUUUAUAGAAACGUAGAGGGUAUGGUUGGAGCCGGGAACUGCGCUCUCAGCUCUUGCAUGCGAGCUCUUUCUGCCGGUUAGGAAAAAGGUGAAAUUUUCAGUUUUAUGAACAUGAAGAACGUCUCCGAGAGAGAGAGAGAGAGAGAGAGAGAGAGAGAGAGAGAGAGAGAGAGAGAGAGAGAGAGAGAGAGAGAGAGAGAGAGAGAGAGAGAGAGAGAGAGAGAGAGAGAGAGAGAGAGAGAGAGAGAGAGAGAGAGAGAGAGAGAGAGAGAGAGAGA